AACAAACACCACGCUCUUUACUCCGUUCCUCUACUUCUUCCAUGCACGACCUUCACAGUCUUGACACUAUUGCAUUCGAGAAUGCUGCUGUCGAUUACCAAUUGUCUCAGUUCAUUGAUGAGAUGCUCCCUUGUGAGGUCUCUCGAGUGUUGAUCAUCUACACUGGAGGGACUAUCGGUAUGAGUAACAGCAAAAUACAUGGCUAUGUGCCUGUACCAAACUUCCUAGCAGAAACACUCUCCAAGCAAUCGCGCUUCCAUGAUCUACAAUCAUUGAAUACGGUCUUUGGACGUCUAUCCCGCACAAAUUCGAGUGUCAAUCUGGAUUCCCUAAUGGAGCCCUCACUUAAUAAACACCUUGAUCCAGCCAUGAAUGGACUUAGCCACCACACUAUUCCCCCUGAAAAGGCAACGAUCAAUGGCACAUCCUCUGGCGCAAGGUUGCCGCCAAAUACACCAGUCAAUAAAAUCCGUCUUCCCUGUUUCUCACACUUGCCCAACAAUCAAGGCAGGAUCCCUUCACUUAUCACCCCACCCUCAUUGUAUGGCAAGCGAAUCCGAUACUCAAUUUUAGAGUAUGAUCCUUUAUUGGACUCUUGUAAUAUGACUAUGACAGACUGGGUUCGAAUUGCUACUGAUAUUGAGGCGAACUAUGAACUCUAUGAUGCCUUCAUUGUAUUACAUGGCACUGAUACCAUGGCCUAUACAGCCAGUGCACUAAGCUUCAUGCUGGAAGACCUUGGUAAAACUGUCAUCAUAACAGGAUCACAGGUGCCAAUCACCGAAAUUAGAAACGAUGCUAUCGACAAUCUGCUAGGGGCACUGACUAUCGCUGGUCACUUUGUCAUUCCCGAAGUGUGUCUAUACUUCAGCAACAAACUAUUCAGAGGCAAUCGAUCUUCCAAAAUGGAUGCUGUCGACUUUAAAGCCUUUGACAGUCCCAACUUGCCACCACUUGUCAAAGUUGGAAUCAAUAUUGAUGUCGAUUGGUCCGAGGUGAUCCGCCCUACCUCCCUUUCACGAUUUCGAGCCCACAAGUCUAUGAACCCCCAUGUAGCCAGUUUGCGUCUCUUCCCAGGCAUAACCGAGACAACCAUAAGGACGUUCUUGACCCCUCCCAUCCAGGGCGUUGUCCUCGAAACCUAUGGAGCAGGAAACGCGCCAUCUACACGAUCUGACUUGAUUGCUGCCUUGAAAGAGGCAUGUGAUCGUGGUGUGGUCAUUGUGAAUUGUACACAAUGCAAGCGAGGGCUGGUGACUGACGCAUACCAAACUGGCAAGGUUCUAUAUAAUGCCGGUGUCAUCCCUGGAAAUGACAUGACGCCUGAAUGCGCACUCACCAAGCUCUCAUACUUGCUUGGUCACGAUUUGCCCAUCCCAACAAUCCGUGAGAUGAUGACCAAGAACCUGCGCGGCGAAUUGACAGUUAUCCAACCCCGUACACGAUUCAGCUACAUUAAUCGCACGCAUGCGUUGCUGCAACUGCUUCUAAGAGCUGCCUCCAAUGGGAUGUUGACCAAUACACCGAAAAUUGUGGGAAGAAUUGAGUCUGCACAAAGGGCCCAGGAACUCGCUGAGGAUCCGACCCCACAGCAGCAGGAUGUCCCGCAAAUAGAAAAGCAGAUCAAGGAAAUCAAGAUUGAUGUGGAAUCAGACCGUAAGAAGCCUAUCUUUACAACAUCUGGCUCUGAAUCUGAUGAAGAUUCAGACAGUCCAAUACAUAGUGAUAAUGAUCAAGUUAUCCCUAAAGCUCCAGAGUCACAGCCAGCGGUAGGCCCUCUGUCAACCGAGGAUCAACGAUGGAUCGAAAGAAGUCUGUACCCUCUUUUGAUCUGCGGUGCUGCUGGAAGUGGUGAUGUAGAGGGUCUGACAAAGCUCUGGGAUGUCACGACGGACGGUCAGAGCGGUUACAGCAAAGUCUCACAGAACCUUGGGCCUGGAGAAAACGAUACUGGGUCCUUGGGCGGUAGUGCCGUCACAGGCGGCGAUGGCAUUAUCUUGAACCAAGGUGACUGGGAGGGCCGCUCUCCUCUACAUAUCGCAUGCAGUGCUGGUCACUUGGAGGUGGUCCGAUUCUUGCUGAGUCAUGGUGCGUCGAUUCAUGUACGCGAUCGUCUUAAUCAUACUCCACUCUAUGAUGCUGUGACACGUGGAGACUCGUCCGAGAUUGUGAAGAUACUCCGCGAUACGGGAGCUCAUUUCAAUCAUUCUGAAGUGUUAGAUUUGGGCUGGAAGCUGAUGAUUGCAGCAACAGAAGGGAAUCUGGACCGUGUCAAGCUGAUUGCUGAGGCUGGCUAUGAUUUAAAUCGCUCACUCUUUGAUAGAAGAACUGUGAUGCACAUUGUCGCAGCAGAACAUCGCCACAGUUUGAUCGAGUAUCUGUUGAAACAUUAUCCAGAGAUCAAGUUGGAUCUCAAAGACCGUCUGGGACGAACUUGUGUGGAUGAAGCUGGCCAAUGUGACGCUUGCAGAAACCUUUUCCUUGUGAGGUGAGACGCAUUCAUUCCUGUAAAUAUUCAGUUAUAAUAGCAUACAAUAAUAAAAAUAACUACUAGUGAC